CGGGGUUUGAAUGUGAAAGGCGGCUCCUGUGAACUCCCAGCGUUUGACAACAACAGGACGCGUGAAUGCUGUCGGUGCUGCCAAGAUGGAGAGCCGCAGAACACGGAGGAAGUCCGCACACUUGGAGAAAAGGAGGAGCACAUUUAAAGAGCCAUGCUGGCUACAGGAGCCAGACCUUAACCAAGGACCAUUAGGAAAAAGGCUAUGUAGAGAGAGAAGAGAAAACCCGGGGCAUUCAGAGAACAUGGAGAGGAAAUCUUCAGCAAGAGACACACAUCACAGGAGGGCACUAGCUCUUUCACAACAGUUAAAUGUUUAUCCAGGUCAGCAAGAGAACAGUCAAUGGAAGAGGACAGUGUGUCACAGGAGUCCAGGAGCACAGGUUAAAGUAGCUGCAGUGGUUAAAACCUCCAUGAAAACCUGCACCACUCCAAAACCUGCCCCUAGAAAAAGGAGAAAGAUUCACCCAUCUGGAUUUAGGGGCAAAGGUCAGCUGAAACUGACAGUAACACCAGACAAUGAUCUGCUACAUAUUCAGAUUCUGGAAGCUAGGGGUCUGCUGGGACGGGAGAGUAGGCCAUGUGAUUCGUAUGUCAAGAUAGCUCUGGUUCCAGAUGUUGACCAUAGUAGAAGGCAGAAGACCAGAACUGUCAUCAAUUGCAAGAGUCCUGUCUUUAAUGAGACCUUUGUCAUAGAUGUGGGCAAGGACAAGCAAAUAAAGAGGCUACUGGUGACCGCUUGGAAUCGCAGUCGGACCUCUAGCAGACGGAGUGAGCUCCUGGGCUGUAUGAGUUUUGGUAUUCAGUCCCUCAUCACUUCUGCAAAGGAGAUCAGGGGUUGGUAUUAUCUCCUGGGUGAGGAGCUGGGAAGGAACAAACAUCUGCGAGUAGCUACACGUCGCAUCAAGCAGUCUGAUGAAGCUGCUCUGACCAACCAUGCUGCUGGACCUGAUAUUACAUCCCCGGAGAACAUGCAAUCGUUGACUGUUACCAUUUUGAGAGGAAAGGAUGGUUUCGGCUUCACUAUCUGCUCGGACUCACCUGUGCGUGUGCAGGCUGUGGACCCAGGUGGUCCAGCUCACCAGGCUGGUUUGCAGCAGUUAGACACAGUGCUUCAGCUGAAUGGCCAACCUGUAGAGCACUGGAAGUGUGUGGACCUGGCUCAUGCCAUUAGAAAUUGUCGGAAUGAAAUCACAGUGGUGGUCUGGAGGACAAUGCCAGUCAUGAAGCCCUACUACGAAGGCCUGAUUCACAGGCCAUCUUAUAAAACCUCCGGCUUUGACAGCCUGUCUCCCACCACCAAGACCCAAAACAAAACACCACCCCUGCUUUCCCGGCCCUCCAACCACAAACUAAGCCGUCGUAAGAAGGGAAACAGCUCUGAGAGUCCAGGAAACGGAACCCGGGAGCCGAGAUGGUCAUGGACUGGGAAACGGGAAGAGAAUGACUACAAAACACGUACACAGACCCUCAAGGGCACUCGUGUGACAUCAUCAAAUGGUGACAAUUACAUCAUCUUGUCCCCUGUAAAUCCAGGAAACCAGAUAUUACAACCUGUUUAUCCAGACAGCAAUGGAACAUUAGGAACUCUUGGGAGAAUCUAUCAGACUCACUCAUCAAGAGGAAUUCAACAGAGCACAGCCUACCUCCAGGACACUGGAGUGGAUACGCGAGCCACAUUACGCAGGUCUCUGAACAGCAAGACAGCCACAAUUCCACCUUCAUCAUAUAGACAGAGCUUUGCCAACUACCAGAACUGCACUCUUGUACAGUCCCAUCUUCCCCACUCCAGCUAUGGCACUUACGUCAGCCUGGCCCCCAAGAUCCUCAUCUUCCCUGUGUUUGUCCAGCCACUGGACCUAUGCAGCCCGGAGAGGACACUGCUGUUAUCUGAAGAGAUGAUCCUUCAUGACAGCACAAACAUGGCACUUAAGAUCACAGUGUUCAUCUACACCGACCUAAUGCUGCUAACUAGAGAGGAUGAACCCGGUCGAUGCAAUGUGCUACAGAGUCCUCUCUACCUCCACCAGAUCCAGCUGCAAGACGUUCCUGCAGAUAAACUACGCCUGUAUGUCUCAUACAGAAUAGAGAGAACUGAAUGUCUGUUCAGCUUGGAGGCCUUUUCAGCUGAGCAGAAGAGAAGAGUGUACCAGUGUCUCAGAGACAACAUCAGCAAGCAGCUGACUAUGAGAGAAAGAAUGAGUCCUGAUCAGAUGCUAGAGCCAAAGGCUGGUGAUCAGGCUGAUUUGGGACUGCUGGGCUUCGCAGCACACAGUGUUUCAGAACCAUGUUCUCCAUCACAAGCCACCAGCUCCCCUCUCAGUGGUCUUACAAGAGCUAGAACCAGUAUCCCCUCUGACUGUGUGUCAUAUCUGAGUGAAUGUGUCCAACCCCCUCCUACACUGGGAGACACCUCUAAAUCCGCACACAUGGAGCCUGCUGCCAUCUGGAAGGAGAGGAUGAAGGAGCCAAAGCAAGGUGAACGAGAGCCUGAGUUCGAGAAGAGGGAACAGGGUGAAGGGGAGAGUGCCAGGCCCACAUCUUCAUCUUCCUCCUCAUCACCUCUUAUCAUCCCUAAACUGUGCCUAGAUCGCUCCUUCAAUCCAGACGCUCUCACUUCACCAUCCACUGAUGAUGAUGAUGAAGAACUGGAGGAGGAGGAGGAAGAAGAGGACAGUGAUGAAGGCUAUCUGAAGCGGAGGAGCCUGGUGGAGAUGUCACCUGGCAGGGGGCAGCAGAGCACGAGGUUGUGUGUGCAGCGCUCGUUGCACCGGCGCACACACAGUGAGGGCAGCCUGCUGCAGGAGCCACGCUCUCCACGAUUUAUCUCUGACCAGGCCAUACACUGCAUGGAGAACAGCAGAGAAACACAGCAGCGCUGGACUGUCCCCUCACCCCAGACCCUGAGGAAAGAGCUCACAAAGAACAGAGGGUCUGUCCAUCAGAUCUGCUUGCUCUUCACCGGUAGGAGGGUCUGUGGUGAGCCAAACUGCAAGUGUCAAAUGGGGAAAAGUGCCAUGAAGAAAAAGAAAUCAAAAAAUCUUGCAAAAGAUAUGAAGAAUCGUCUGACCUUCCUCAGGAAGAAGAACAAUGACAGACCAGGAAGCCAUCCUUCCAGCAAACUUGAGAAAGUCCUCAAAUCAGACAAGCCUACUCCAGAAGAAGCUCUUAAAUGGGGAGAAUCUUUUGACCUGUUGCUGUCUCACAAAUAUGGACUUGCCGUCUUCCGCUCCUUCCUGCAGACGGAGUUCAGUGAGGAGAACCUAGAUUUCUGGCUUGCUUGUGAAGACUACAGAAGGAUCAAAUCUUUAUCCAAGAUGGCUUCAAGAGCGAAAAAGAUAUUUGAAGAGUACAUCUCUAUCCAGUCAUCUAAAGAGGUUAAUCUGGACUCUUACACCAGGGAGCAGACCAAGGAGAACAUGGAGAACAUUGGUGCUGACUGUUUCGACCUGGCUCAGAGACGGAUUUUUGGACUCAUGGAGAAAGACCCAUACCCUCGCUUCCUCCGAUCCGACCUCUACCUGGAUUUAAUCCACCAAAAGAGAGUGCCACUACACAGCUCUCUUAAAGCCGGUGAUUCUGACUGCUGAGUCUUUACAUGUCAGUAGCACGAGGGUGAUAUGCAGAUUUCCAUAUCAAAUGGAUGUCAAGCAGUAAACAGUGUGUGUUGUCCAGACUCCCCAGCCUGUGUAUAGCACAGUGUGUGUGUUUUGUGCUGAUAUAGACCCAGUAUGUACCAGUGAGGUGUAUUUUGAUUCAAUGCUGCCCCCUGUUGGAUGAUGCUGGUAAAAAUUCUGAUAUAUGGACUUAAAAUGGUCUGAAAUAUUGAUCUUUAUGGCUGACUGUAUUAGCAGCAUCCAGAGGAUGAAAAACAUGUUGGAUAAGAAAGCAAAGAAGAAGCUUGGUACUGUUGUGUUGCAAUCUUCAUUCACCAGUUUUACAAAAUGAUGUAGACACAGAUGGGUGACAAAUUAAGAUGAAAAAACAAUGUCUCUGUCAUGCUGUGGGCGUAUUUUGCUGGCCUUAUGAAAAUGUGGACAACACUAAACAAUACAGAUUUAUUCCGACUGAUCACCUUUCCCCAUCUACGAUGAAGCUUUUCUAUCCUGAUGGGAAUGAUCCUAUAUCCAAUGGCAUAUCACACUUAACCCAUUUGAACAACUUUGGGAAGAUUUGGACUGAUUGUAUUAGACCACACUCUGCCAACAUCAUCAACACACCAACAAAGGCAAUAGCAUUUGGAAGGAUAAUGUUAAUCUCUUCAGGAAAGUCCCAGAGAUUUGCAGAAAUCUCAAAGGUGCAUUUGAGUUAUUCUGGUGGCUUGUGUUGGGCUAAUGCAGGUGCCUUUCUAAGACACUUUAUGUUGGUUUUUUAUCCUUUUAAUUUGUCACCUGCCUGUAUAUCAGAGAUUUUAAACAGAAGCACUGAAUGCCCUUUACAUGUGAUUAAAAUGGCAGGAGGUUGCAUGUAUGAGUUUUCAGUACAUACAAAUGAACUUUGACAGCAUAGAUUAAACCUGAUCUUAAGAGUCUGUAGGAGUUAUAACAGGUCAGAUGGAUUUUUGCUAAAUUUCAUACUAAUCAAGUUGUAAAGGGAAGCAAAAGCAGGUAAAAGCAGCUUGCUCCUUAUUGCUCAUAUUUCAUGCCAGUUGUAUUCCAGGAGAUUUGAAAUACCACAUACUGACCUUUUUACAUUUGAUAAUUACAAAAGCUGUUUAAGAGCUUUGACCUUAUUUCCAGUGAGGCUAUACUGUAAUUAAUCAUCUAACCUGCCAUCCGACAUGGCUUUUCAUGCAGAAAAAAAGUAACAGGUUCAUUAUAUGUUUAUUCAUUUUGUUCAGCAGAUUAAAUCUGUAAACAUCAAAUCUGACCCAGUGCAACUGCAGCAUUUCAGACCAGUCUGAUUUGGAUACACAAUACAUUUUCAGCACUGUAGACUUUAUACCAUGUCUACCUGUUUUCAUUUAAAUGUGCAAUAAAUGAGCUCUCCCCACCAGCUGACCUCACAAUGGAUAUAGAUAAAUAGGCUCUAAAACAAAAUUUAGGUCCACAACGGAUACAAGUGAUUAUAAGGAGACAUGCUUUAUAAAUAUUUAGUCGUGGUAAAACCUUUUGUGUUGUGGAAAUGUUUCUGUUUCCUGUUUAUAGAGAGGCUCUGUUAUUAUUUAAGUAUACAUCUGAGAUGUUAAACAAUAAUAAAACCUCAAUGUAUUGUUUGUUUUUUUCUAGUUGCUAUGGAGUAACUGAGCAUAGAGCAUAUAUUUAGUGCAUAAAAGUCAGAAGUCGUAAAUUCCAUGUCCAUUUAGGGGACAGCGCUUCAGUGUUUUAGGCUUCUGCAAGAUCUGAGUUAUAUUAAAUUGCUUUUUUUUUGUUAAAAAAUCCUAACUUCUUGCUAUAAAUAUGAUCAUUACUGUAUUUAUUUGUGCGCUCACCAUCCACUUACUUCUGCCUGUGAGUGCUCUAUAUUGAGUUUAAUAAAGCUACAUAACUUAGUAGUUCCUUUAUACUGUAAAAGUAUUUUGCAUUAGGACCUACUCUGCAUCAGGAACAUUUCAUCAAUAUUGUUUUUAUUUUGACUAAGACAUUUUAUUUGUCACGCUGUUAGUAGGCUGCAGAUGUCUUGGCUUAAUGUUAGACACAUAAAGUAAAUAAAUAAUAAUCUUUGUGCAUUCACAGCAUUUGGCACAUGUCCUUAUCGAGAGUGACUUACCGAAAUGAAGGACAUUGCAUUUUACAUUUAGACAACUGAGCAGUUUAGGGUUAAGGGCCUUUCUUAAGGGUCCAGCAGGAGUACUGGGAUUUGAACUCAUGACCCUCUGAUCAGUAGUCCACUACAUUCAUAAAUUUGGCUAAACCUGUAAGGUAAAUUGUGUCAGUGUAUUAAUAUUAUGUACAGUAGCUUGAUGUUGGCUCUCUGAGGUACUAAAUGAGGCUCUGUGUGAUUUACUGGCUGAAUGCCCUCUUUAUCCCUAGAAAAUAUUCAAUGUUUAAAAAAAACCCAAACUGUACGUUUUGGUGUUUAGUUUAGGAUAAAGCUCCAUGUGCAGGUGUGAGAGUUAUUUGGUUGGAAGCAUUUCUUAAGGAGAGCUUUGAAACAGUUACAUCCCUCUAAGCCGGAGGGCUAAUAUACUACGAAAACAAAUUAAAGGAAAUUAGACACGGGUAAGAAAACAAGACAGUAUUUGGCUGAUUCAGGCCUUAAAGCCUAAAAACAUGUUUUUGAAUCAAUAUGAAAGCUUGUGAUUUUCCUUACUUUAUGCACGGUUGUAUGCUGUAGUUGUAGAUGUAGUUAUUUGAUCUGUUAGUCAACCAACUGCUGUGCACAUAAACACUAUAACAUAAUAUUAAGAAAACAUUUCUCACUCACUCUUUCAGUAACCUCUUUAUCUUGGUAAAUUUCAAAGUGGAUUCAGAGCUUGUCCUGGGAACACCAGGAGUAAGAACACACACACACACACUCGUUUACUCUAUGGGCAGUUUAACCCAGUUUAGUUGGAAGACUGGAGAACCUGGUGGAAACCCAUACAUAAUCAUAAACUGCACUAACAAUACACUGAGCUCAGCAUCAAACUGGGGACCCUGGCAUGCAGCAGCCACACACUGCAUCAUCAUACCACCUUUUCUGUUAUGUUUAUAUUUGUCAUUAUUGAGCAAUUUACUAGAGGUAUAUACAGUAUUUGCUGUUUGUGCACAUGCACCCAAAAAAUGUUCUUGAAAAUCUGGUUAUAUAGACUCAAUAGACAGGCUUUAGAAUGAGAUUUCUAUGAGUUACUGCAAUUUUAUAUAAAGAUAAUCCUGUCAAGUUUAAACUGCUUAUUUAUUUUAAUUACACACACAAAUCUUUUUUUACUCAUCCAUUUUAUAUGAAUGACUUCAUCCAAAAGAAACCCAC